CAGGAAUCAUGGUCGUAGAGUUUGAGGAAGGUAUAGUUUGAGGAAGUCGCUUUUUUCAAAAUUCACAUAAUAGAACUUCCCUUCAUGAUGAAUCAUCCCUGUAAUUUCACUUCCUCUCAUUAAAAACUAAAACUACGGAAAGAAUUUUUCCGUACAACAUCACCACUGGCACGGACUCGUUGUAAAAACCUAAGCCUCUCUUUGUACAAAGCUUAAGAAAUAACAAGACGAACAUUACAAUGACGGCAGGCGACUGGAGACCUCACGGUGGAUUCAAUCCACAAGCUCAGAGUUUCGUCCCCCAUGGUGGCUUCCAGAACUCAAACUCCUGGGCACAGGCGCAGGUCUUGUUGCAACUUUUUAAUUUGCAUAGGAUCCGGAGUUAAAGUUACGCUUCUUGAAUUUUUUGAAGAAAAAUGAUCAAAAUCUUCUUUUAUAUUUGGAAAUCACAUACUCAUACUCAAAUUCGUCAUACGCAUAAUAUCUACAUCUAUACCCAAGUGCGUGACAUCGACCUGAACACAGCCCCAGCAGCAACAGCAGCAGCCGCAGCAAUUUGGCGGCUUUGCGCCUCGUUUUGGUGGAUUCCAGCAGGGAAGCUAUCAGGGACAGGGCGGCUUCGGAGGUUUCGGGCCGAAUCAAGGUGGUUAUCCUCAGGGAUUCGACCAACCGGGAGGAUACGGGCAACCGGGAGGCUAUGGAGGAGGUGGGCCUUUAUUCAACGAAGAGUCAUCAUCUUGUGUUGCAAAGACUGUUAUCUAUGUACGAGGUACGGAUACCAACGGUGCUUCAGGUUCAGCCUCAGACCUUUAUAUAUACGUACCUAUCUUGUAAUUGUAGCAUUGAUGUUGUAGUAGUUGCAAGGUACGUUUACGAAGUUGUAGCUAGUACUGAUGGACAAAACCUUUUCGAUUACACCAGGUGGCUACCAGAUCGGACAAGGUGGUUUCGGCGCUAAUUUGCACGAUAUCAAUUGGGGGCAAGAAACUUUGGUCACCCUUCAGAAGAAUUUUUAUUGUGAACACCCGGCGGUGCAAGCAAUGACCCCACAAGAAUGCGAAGCCUUCCGUCAUGAGCACAGUAUCUAUUUGUAUUAGAUAGGAUCAUCUCUUCUACGAAGCAUCAGACGACAAGGUGCUAUUGGUCGUUUAUUCUGUCAAUCACUAGCAGUAGCGUUUUGCUUUUGAAUGGACAAGAGUUGAAGUCGAGCCAUCUUUUCAUACGAAUUAGAGAGUGUUGACGUCAAUUCUGGAAAUUAAGGUACUUCAUCUAGUAGAAGAACGUGCUGAAGACUCCACUUUGUUUAUCUUGCGCGUACUACACACUUACACAGACACAUAUUGACACAUAUAUAUUGAAAUCAUACUAGGUAUCUCCUUCAUUGGAACAAAGGGCCCAAAACCGAUUCGCACAUUUCAAGAAGCUAGCUUUCCAGACUACAUUAUGCAGGCUAUCCACCAUGCUGGUUUCGAUCGACCGUCUCCCAUUCAGGCUCAGGGUUGGCCCGUUGCACUCAGCGGACACGAUAUGAUCGGUAAAACCAAAAUUUCUCAUCCUCUCUCAGUCACUGACACUUUACUUCUUACUCUGCCCUUUACAUUUUUCUUCUUCUCUUGCUUCCAGCAAUGGAAUAUUAGAUUUUUGUCAUUUUCGGCAGCAAGAAUGAUUACAGUGUUUGGCUGGGGCUGUGGAAGACGUAGUCAGACUUUUUGUUUCUUGGUAGCCAUUAUACAGCAUCCAAGUCAAGGUAUUGCCGAUACUGGAAGCGGUAAAACUCUGGCGUUUUUGUUGCCGGCUAUGAUCCACAUUCGUGCUCAGCCUCCCAUGCAGUGGGGAGACGGUCCAAUCUGCCUGGUUUUGUUAAGGCUUCUUCGAGAUUCAAAUUGUAAUAUAUUGAAAGGUUUGAAUAUUUAUUUGCUGUACGUCGUAGCGGUAGCUAGGUUUAUACAGAAGUCUUUGCGCCGUUCCUUCUGUGAGUGAGAUGUAUGUAGACAGUCUACUGUAGACUACCACUACGACUAGUUUAUCAUAGAAGAGGGAAGAAAAUUGACGACGGUUUUUAGGCACAGAUCUUUCGCUAGUAACUACUCGAUGCUUGUAUGCCCCUUGUUGCUUUUAAUCAUUUCCAUAUAAAGUUUUCCUAGGAGAGUCAAAGUCGCUCUAAUUCUUGCCCCAACACGAGAGCUGGCCAUGCAGAUCAAGACUGAAGCUGAGAAAUUUGGUCGAAUGAGUGGCGUGCGCAACACAUGUGUCUACGGCGGCGUCGCCAAGGGUCCACAGAUUCGCGAUCUCAAGCAAGGACGCGAAAUCGUCAUCGCUACUCCGGGUCGACUGAUCGAUCUACUAAACAAGGAUACGCAUCAAGCCCAAGCGGUAAGAAAAUUUGAUAGCGUAAAUUUCUCCUUCAAGAUAGGUUCAGUAUGCUCUUGCUCAUCAUGAUACUUAAUAUUAAUCACGCACGCACGAGGACAACGACAAGGACUGCAAGACCAUGAUGAUCAAAUAGAGGCGCGUCCACAUGUCUAAGUACCUCCACCUCGAAUUAUUUUGAACAAGACAUUUCUAUUUCUUUGUCUCGAAAAAAUCUUAUACCAAUACCUCUCCAAUAUUGCCAUGAUCUCUCCCCCACGACCUGAAACAUUACCAGGCCACCAAUUUGAAGCGUGUGACCUACCUCGUGCUGGAUGAGGCUGACAGGAUGUUGGAUAUGGGUUUCGAAGACCAGAUUCGUAAGAUCUGCUCGCAAAUUCGUCCGGACCGUCAGACGUUGCUGUGGUCCGCUACGUGGCCACGUGAAGUGCAAUCUUUGGCAAGGGACUUGUGCAAGGAAAUGCCGAUCCACAUCAACAUUGGUUCGACCGAACUCAAAGCAAAUCACAAAAUCGUCCAGCGCGUUGAGAUUUUUCCUGGUACUUAUUCUUAUCGUAUUAAAGUCUCUUUUAUACAAUCAUUCGCUUGCUUUCUUGCCUCGGCAAAUGUUCAAAUAACCGACUCGUCCUAUGAUUGUUAGAUGCAAUGUUGUUGUAUGUUGUAUGUGUAUCUCUCCUGUGACCUGUGUUUGUUGCAAUUCCGAUGAUCAUGUGCCUUUAUCUUCUUGCCUAUUCAGGUUUCGACACCGAGCAAGAGCGGCUCAGGCGGUUAUUUAGUCUCUUGGGGGAGCUUCCGAUGGGAAAAAAGUUGAUUUUUUCGCAAACAAAGCGUGGAGCAGACGUGCUGUGCCGCGAGGUUCGACGCAACGGCUUCGUCGCACAAUCUAUUCACGGCGAUAAACGCCAAGAGGAACGCGAUUGGGUACUAUCUUCCAGUUGUAGCGAAGUACAUACAAACUAUACUUACUCGUCGAACUACUGUAACUUAAUUAUCCUCAUACUGAGAACGGAAGAUGAAAAAUCAAUUAUGAAAAAGACAUUCUCGAACCUAACUCCCUGGACUAGCCUGAACUUGACCUGCUGCAGGUAUAAUUGAACUUUUCAAAUGUUUUUCAGGCACUAGCGGAGUUCAAGAGCGGCAGGACCCCGAUUUUGAUUGCAACAGAUGUUGCCGCACGUGGUAUCGAUGUGAAGGAUAUUCAAUGUGUCAUCAACUUCGAUUUUCCGACUCACAUUGAGGACUACGUGCAUCGCAUCGGGCGCACCGGACGUGGCGGCGCAGAGGGCCUUGCAUAUUCCUUUUUUUUAAGGCUCCUAUACCUACCCCUUGCACUUCUAUUUAUCUACUUCUUUUAGAAGAGCAUGAAAUGCAGUCCAGCACGAGCACUCCUUCUAUGCAGUUGCACAUCCAUAAGCAAUAGCAAGAGCCCUUGGGUAAUUAUUCUAACAUUGAAUCAUUGUCCAUGUACUAAUAUGCUAAAUGAAGAUACAUCAAGAAAACAGAUGAUAAUUACAACAACAACUGCAGUCGCAGUGUGGCUUGCUGGAAGGAUGGAACAAAAGUGGUUUAAUGUAGCGUGUACAAAUGAAUUUGUUCUAAUUUGUACUCCGGAAGACCGCGGCAAGAUGGCAAAGGAUCUCUACAACAUCAUGGCCGAAGCCCAUCAAGAGAUCCCUAACGAGUUGUUCGAAUACAUUGGUAAGUUCGGCGGAAACUUCAACAAGUUUGGCGGUAAAGGUGGCAAGUUUGGUGGGAAAGGAGGCAAAGGAAAGGGAGGCUUCGGCGGAGGGGGAGGGAACAAGGGCUUCAGUGGUGGCUUCAACAAAGGGGGAUUCGGCGGUGGUAUGCCCGGUGGCGGUAAGGGUGGCUUCGGCGGCAACAAGGGUGGAUUUUAGAUUAUUGAAACAGGCUGUUCACCUUGAAAAUAGGACCAAGAUCAUGUUGUAGAAGUAAGUGUACUGGAUGAAUACGAUGAAAGUCGCGGGUCGACGUUAGCCGAGGGUAAUAUGAGAAUGGAUUCUUACCUUGAGAAGGGACAUACUGCAGAGUAUGUGAGUUUGUUGAAAUGAACAAGCUGCUGACCUUGACCUCAGACUUUGGUUCAUGUAUGUGAAUGGUUGAAGAAGAUUAAGCUAAGUAAAUGAUUGCAAUUGGAGACGUAAUAUUUGGAUUGAUGGAAAUAUGACUAUGACUAGUAAAAAGAGGUUUAGGUAGUUAUCUAGAAACUUGGGUAGAAUUAUUAUUAUGAUUAGAGAUGACAAUAUCGAGGAUAAAAACAUAAAGUAGAUUGUAUAUUCUUCUUGACCAAGCACGAGUUGGGUUUAGCUCCUGAGUAGUAUAGUGGGAUAACCGCUGUCAGUGUUUAGGUAAUUAUGGAGAUAUCCAACUAAGUCCGCGAAAGGAACGGUCAAAUACAAAUAGGCCAUUUUCGGAAUGCAGAAGAAAGCAGGAGCAUGGCACAUUCUGCAUCCACCGAGAACAGCGCCGGAAACACUGCAUCUAGCAGCUCGUUGCCGCAUUCAACAGACAGUCCCUCUGAAGGACUAUAGGUUUAGUAUCUCGGCUCGCCAGAAUUGUUGAUGUUCUACCUAUCUUUUCCACAGCUUGAAGCUCUCGAAGAAGCCCAUCGAUGUUCGAGACGAAUACAGGAACAAAAAUUAAGUAAACGCGACCAGCAGGGGAAAGGCUAAUGUAGGCAUUUAGCUGAGCGCGUUAAGUUGGUAGUGUUGUAAAUUAUGAAAUCAUGACUCCUAAACCUACGACGUUAAAACUGAUUCCUUUAUUAUUGAUUUGCUUGGAUGAACAACUAUGAAACUCCUGAAUGGCAUGCAUUUAUGUUUAUGUUAAGCGUCGUUGACUACAAAAAUGGUAGAGGAAUCACGAUGAAGAUACCCACCACGAUCCCACGAGGAAUAGAAGAAGGUCACUUUUUGAAGUAGCGAACUCGGAGUUUCUUAGAUUUGUCCCGCUUAAAUGAUUCCUUUCUUUUCUAGUCUUGUCUCUAGAGAUAUUAACUGAAAUUGGAAAUAGUGGCUCAUUCAGAAAAAGCAAUGUAGAACUAGAAAGUCAUGAGUAAGUACUCCCAUCGACGUUGAUUAUGGAAUAUGCGAUGCAACGGCUUUUCCUUUUUUGUUCGAAGUGUGUAUGAUCUUGCAUGAUUUAUCCUCCUGUUUAUUCUCUAGAGAACAAGAGGAGUCAGUUCGUGUCUGUCUUGAGGGCUAGUUCUUGAGAGACUGGAGGUAGCAUGAUAUGGCGUCCUCGACGAAGCGACGAAGUAGAGAUCUCCUUGUACUAGCUCCAAACGUAAGUUGUUCGAGGAGAAUUCCUUCAUUCACACUGACACCACCUCUGUCAGUGGUCACUCGUCGUCGAUAAGGAUAGCAAAUGUGAGAUUGAUUGGCACCUAAUUAAAGACUGAAAUUGUUUUGUUGAUAAUCAAUCUAUAAAGAUUAAGAUAAGAAAUUGAUUUUGUCUGUCUUAAUAGUUUAGUGGAUCGUUGUUGAUGAAAAUGCGUCCUCUCUCGUCGAGCAGCUGCUUGUCUGUUGAUGUGAUCCCCGAAGAUAUAGUGAUAAUGUCAAGUUUAUGUUUUCCGUGACCUUUGUUGAGUCCCACCCACGCGUCCGAAUAAAUAGAAGGAAGUUUUAGAUGGAGAUAUGUAAAAGCAAAAGAACCGAAAGCUGACGAUGCUGAAGGUUGCCACGAUCUAUUUACGAUUACGCAUCACUUGAUACUUGACCGACCGUGCUGGAUGGUCGUUCCUGUUGAUGAUGUAGCUCCUAGUUCUAGUUCUAGGUGAUGCAUCAUGAGGGUCGAUUUAGUAUUAAGUUUCAGUUUUUCCUUCUUGUUGCUCGGGGUGAGGACUCCGUGCGAGGAUGGUGAUGUCCUCUGGUAAGCAAUACACAGCGCUGCAGCGGAGCGCUAUAUCAUCGGGUGCUUCCGACAUUCACCGGAGAAGAUGACUUCAAGAGAUGAUGCGGAUGUUGAUUUUGCAUAGGUAGACAACUAGAAUAACUUCAAUUAUGUAAUACUUUUUCUACGUAGAUGAAGAUCGAUGGAUCGAUGUAGACCCCUGGGGGUCGCUGCGGGUACAUACAAUGUAUGAUCAUGUCCGGUACCGGUAAGGACUUUCGAUUUCGCACGUUGUUCACAAGAGGUGCUUGUCACGUGAUGUAGAAAUGUACAGAUAGAAAAAUCUACUCGCUCUUAGAAUUUGAAAAUCAACAACUAGCCAGACGGAAGACAGACCCAGAUCGAUGGUGACCAACUCGUACCGACUUUUUUUGCUGACCACCAGGGGACUGAGCGCCGACCGUGCCCUGCCACGCGAUCAAUGGAUAUUGCUUCGUCUUCGUGUAUCUAUUACUAUUUCGGACUUGUAUCUGUCUAUCAUGAUGAUGAAAUUGUUUUCAUUUGAGGGGGCUCGGGCUGCAUUAUUAUGCAAGUGCGAAAUUAUAGACAGGAAGUGUGUGUUGUAUCGAUUGACAUCAAGCAACUUAUAUUCCAGAAAAUGCGAAAAUAUUUAUAUCUAAUUCUACAAGAAUGGUGGUGAUCAAUAACAAUCAAAUUCUUUUUUCCCAAGUGUUUCGGAGUUUUCCAUUUGUGGCUGUUCGUUAGAGCAAAUGAAUUUAAGUUAUUGGGGACCGGAGCUCACAUAUUCCUCAUCAACUGCUUUUUUUAUACCACCAGACGCAGCUGUGCACUGUUUUUUCCUUCUCGUUUGUCAGCAAGAAGGGCCCCUUCCGUCCUUCCAAGCAGGAGCAAGUAGAAAGUAUCUUUAUUUUAGUCUGCGUGGGCGGGUUUGGUGUGCCCGCCUCUGCAUCCUUCAUUCGCGUCAUAAAAAUGAGUCAUCGCCAGGAUUCCCACGGUUGGAGAUUCUAAUUCUCGUUCAGGCAUCUCUGAUGACUCUCUGUUGAACUUCGAACACUUAAUGACCAGCAAUAAUCAUGUAUCGAACACUAUAUUGAAUGAGGAUGAUUUCAGUCAUUAUCACAGGGGCGGCUACAAAAAUAAAGAACCACCAAAAUACGCAUUUUAUGUUUGAUGGAUGAAGAAACGCAUGUUGAAAAAGAGUACUAAAAUUGUUUGAUGUUAAUCGUUUCACCACUCUACCUAGUGUCUCCUUCUCAUUUUUGUCAUCAAUAAAAAUGUCUCCAUCCAGCUACCAAAACGAUCGAUAAAAAUAUUACGGGCGACACUGCAAGUGCAAGAUCUGUGCAAAAUUGAUGGUCUUGUGAUAUGCAACACAAGAAUCGAUGAUCUAGUCUUCCUAGUGGGUAGCAGAGUCGUGAUACAGUGUUUUUAGGGAGUAGGUUAGAGACAAAAUGAAAAUGAAAAAUAUAUCGCGACGCGGCAAUCUUCCACGGCAUGAGAGUCAAAUGAAUCCAUCCAUGGCAUCGUAAGCUGGUACUAAUCAAGUUUUCUUUUCUAGUGGUUCGAGUACUUGUGCAUGUGGGUCAGAGUCGGCAGCUGCACUAUCCUAUAUGUAUAUACUAAGUUGGACACCCUCAGGGAUAUCUUAAUGGGGAACGCGAGUUGUAGAUACGUAACAUGUAGGUCAGCUGUUAGAGGUUUCUGGUUACUUAUAGUUUUUGUCAGGCUCAAGCCCAUCGCCUUUAUAAAACAACACGCAUCAGCCGCGCAGCGCCACGCAGGCCGCGAGGGAAUGAUAAGGACGUAGUAGAGGAACAACAACAUCAAGGCAAAAAACAAGACAUUUCAGAUUAUUAUAUUUCAAAAUUUAUUGCCUCUCUGAUUACUCGUACGCUCGUACGUGGACGAGCUUAAUUUAGUAAAUCGAUCGGGUAUGGACUAGUAGGUACUCUAAAAAACAUGUGAAGAACAAGAUGAUAUAUUUUUUUUAGAUUGUUGACGCACGACAAUUACAAAUGUCCCGAUGCAUGAUCUUAAUCUGGUCCCGAUGCAUGAUCUUAAUCUGGAUGUAACCGAUGAAUGAUCGAGAAAUUGUUCGUGUCAUUGAUAACCAUGAUGAUAAUUUCUUCGAUCAUGCUCACGUCAAGUGACACCGUUACCAGCAGCAAGCAUCAGGCUCACAUGAAGAUGAAAAUCACAUGUUACAGAGCCCAGUGCUAGCUUUAUUGUACCCCAUCGACGAAGUUGUUAGUUAAUGCUCACUUUAUGAAGACGAGCUGGCGGAAAUGGAAAUCUCGUUCUGAUAAAACUGGUAUCUUCUUGAUGAUUGUGAUUGAUCAUGAUAUCCUCCUUGUCUUACAUGUCUCCCUCGCGAUGUUGGACAUGCGAGUAGAAC